GGCAGCAUUGGGAGAAAGAGUAGGAUGGUUUAGGUGGACUAGAGGAGAGUCUAUUGGAGAGCUCUGCAAGAGAGGGACAGAGAGGAACACCCGUCCUCCUCCCGGGGUCGCCACACCCAUGUCUCUUUAAUCUACACAGGGAUAAAAGGUUCACCUCCACUUCCUGGCUAAGGACACAAAUACAGAGACAACGGCUGGAUCUGUAUCGGACCAGGACUGCAGCAACAACACAGUGUCUCAAAACUCAGUGGGAGAGAGAGUGAACAGAAGGGAGGGAAGAGAGAGAGAGAGGGGGCAGCCUGAGCCUGCCUGUGGCACCCCUAGGACCGACACACUUUCUCUAGCCACGGAGAGAGAGAACUACGGACAGUCCCACAUCGUCACUGAUACCUCUCCCUCUCCUCUUGGGGGGAAUCACUGGACGUAAUUACCAGGAACACAACAACGCUGCUACUGCUACCGGAUUAGAGACAGAGGAAGAGGAGGGAGAGGAGGAGAAAUAGGAGAAGGAGAGGAGGGGAUGAACAGAGAGGAGGAGGAGGAGGAGGAGGGGUAGCUGCUGUAGGAGAGCAAGUUUCAUUGAGCCAUCCGACAGUGGCGGGCCCCCUGACUCGACCACCGCUCCUGUUCCUGUUCCUGUCGACUCACUACUACCGUCGCAGUGCUGCUGGGGUGAGCUCAUCAUACCCUCCCCUACCUUAGCUACCGCUGACAGCAUCACCUCUGCUGAUCAGGUCUGUCUCUCUGUCUCUCUCUCUCACUCAACCGAUACAGUGGCACGACAACAGAGAUUCAGCUCUGUCAUCUCUCCCUCACUCUUUCUCUCUCCCUCCCACUCAGUCCAUCCAGCAAAAAGACAACAGAGAUUCAGCUUUCUCAUCUCUCUCUCUCUCUCUCUCUCAACUCAGCACUACAAAUUAACAAGAACAAGGCAGUUUGUCUCUCCCUCAGCUCCUCAGACAGCCAGGAAACAGAGAUUCAGCUCUCCUCUCAUCUCCGCUCUCCUCUCAUCUCCACUCUCCUCCUCUCUCUCUGCUGAGCACGACGAGUCCCAGGACAGCAACAACACAAAGAGAGACACAGUGACCAAGGAGUCAACAGAUGAGCUACUUUGUCUCAAACAGAGUCUGAGUCUGAAGUCAGAAGAGAAAGGAGGAGGGCCCACAGCACCUGUCCUAGGUCUUAGAGACGAUUCUCAGUCACAGGUCUCCGGCAGCAACGCAGAGGGAGGCACAGAGACUGAGGGGAGGGACUGUCUCAAACAGAGCCAGGAGAGAAAGGAGAAUCCAAAACAUUAGGACCUGUCCUAAGACAACUAAGAGAAGUCUCCAUCUCAGCCACAGAGACCAGGAGAGAGACAGGGAAGGAUCCCAGCAAAGCCCGCCCUCUGCCUUCUCUUUUAUCUCACCUCAGCCUCCGCUGGUCCUUCCGUUACAGCAGAGCUCAGCCACAGUGUGGAGCUUACAAUCAACAGGUCCAUAUCAACCACCACCAGCACCAUCUCAGCUUACAAUCAACAGGUGUUUAUCAACCACCACCAGCACCACCUCAGAGGCUAAGGUUUUCUGAGAGUGAAGCUACACGUCUCAGGUCAGUACAGCCUCAGUCUGAAAGACAGUGGUAGUGGUGUAGUGGAACCCUUCACUAUGUCUGGAGUUAAGGUGUUCCGGCUAGCUGUGAGGGGCAACAGGAAACUGUUUUUCGAUCACGCAGUGAAAGCUGACGAUAGUUCCUCUAUGAGCCUCCAUGAUGUCUCUGUCUCCCAACCUGCUACUAGACUGGACUGUGCCUUCCUGCCUCCACUGAAUGUGCACGAGAACCUUCACCACCCAGUGAGUGAGGCUAGCUUCACCUCACACAACUUCCUCAGCGUCAUGAAGCCAGAGACCCCACCACCACCAACCCUGACCCCACCACAGUCAGCUCUGCCUGGGGACAGACCACCAGCCCUGACCCCACCACAGUCAGCUCUGCCUGGGGACAGACCAACAACCCUGACCCCACCACAGCCAGCUCUGCCUGGGGACAGACCACCAACCCUGACCCCUCCUGACCUCCUUAGGGAGCCUAAGGAGAAGACUCAGACAAGUAGAACAGUUAAAGGGUCAGAGGUCAAGGUCUCAGAGAGAGAAAAGGAGGAUGGUGGAAGGAAGCAUGGAGGAGACUCGUCUCAACUAACUUCUCUCAGUAUAGUUUCUGGUGAACCUGCCCUUGAACCCGUCCCAGACCCAGACCCAGUCCCAGACCCAUUCCCAGACUCAGUCCCAUGUCCAGACCCAGUCCCAUGUCCAGACCCAGACCCAGUCCCAGACCCAGACCCAGUCCCAGACCCAGUCCCAGACACAGUCCCAGACACAGUCUCAGUCCCAGACCCAGUCCCAGACCCAGUCCCAGUCCCAGACUCAGAACAGGCAGAUAUCAAACUUCCUGACCAGUCUUCUUUAGAUCCUAUGAAGGGUACAGAGGGGCCUCAGAGUUCCAGAGACUCUCCCUCUGAGUCUGAGACUGUGCCUGUUGUUAAGCCUGGAUCUGAGCCAGUCACUAAGGCUCAUGUUCCAGCAGAAACAUUCUUUGACCUGCCCUCCCCUUCCCUGAGUGAUCAGUCUGAUAGUAAUGAGCCCAUAGUGAUACUGAAGUGUCCAGGUCCCAUGCUGAGUCACUUGGAGUUCAUCAAUGAAUGUGACGUUUCACCUCCUGGACUCUGGGACUGUCAUGGUGGCAGUCACUGUGACAACAUUGCACUUCCUGAUCAUGUGACAGGGGAAAUUACAUCACUUCUUGAUCAUGUGACAGGGGAAAUGAGACAGGCAGCAUCUGUAAUACUGGAUUCAGAGUACAGAGAUUACCUGAGACACAGGGAGGAUGAGUAUGAGACUGGUGACUGUGGUGACAAAGGACCACUGGCUGACAAGGAGGAAGAGGAAGUUGGUGAGAAGCUUCUAGAACAAGUCCCCGUGUCUAAAUCACCAUCUCAGGUUAUAACAGUAUCAACAGCUGGAUCUGAUAACACCAUUCCCCUACAUGCAUUUAACAUUGGAGCUGAGCCCAAGGUAGAAGAGCCUGUCAGGGUAAAUCUAUCCCGUAGUGCUGUGUCCGUUAAAAAUGUCAUUAACGAUGACAGCCCAACACCCAGUGCUAAGCAGCCAAUCAGCAGCCGGCCUCGUAAUGUAAACACAGAGGACAAACAGGGAGACAAACAGAAAGACAAGGGGAAGAGAAAGGACAAGAGGAGACAAGAUGAAACGGAAGACGAAGACAAAAAGGGAGAUCAGAAUCUCUCUCAUAAACGACAGGAAAUGGAGGAGGAUGACAAGCAGAAAGGAAAAUGGAAUCGGACAAGUAAACAACAAGAGAGUACUGAGACUGAUCAAACAACAGGACAGGAAAUCGGAGGGGCCAGAUAUCAUUCAGAACAGAAACAGACAGAGUCACAAAUAUUGUCUGAGCUGGACCAGAGAGACGAGAACAGUGGAAGACCAGGCUCUGGCCUCAUUUGGCCCCCCCUGGCUCCUCCGGGGUCGCCCCUGGCUCCUCCAGGGUCGGCUAAGGACGUGUUAUGUUCCAGUGGAGACUGUAGCCAUUUAUCCUCUCCCUCUGUGUUAGAACAAAGUCUCUACCUCAUGCUGCCUGUGCCAGCAACAGUACCAACAGAACCCUGCGCCAAGAGAGACUCCCCUGUACCUGAUUUGACUGAAAAUGCAGCUCUUAUUCAAUCACAUUCAGCGAAACAUUCCCAAAACUCUUGUUGCUCAGCAAAAAGAGAACAUGAAGAUCGGCAGGAGAAGCCAGGAUCCAGUCCAGGUUUAGAAACAGACAACGAACACACAGCGUUACUCACAACUUCACCACUGUUGCCGGGGGUAACGCAGGGAGCGGAGAGGACCCCGGGAGGUUUGCGUCAGGGAGAGAACAGGAAGUCAGGUGAUGGCAACUAUGUCACCAAUGGAGGGAAAGGUGGAGAAAUAGGCGGAGAGAAGGAUGGAGAGAAAAGACCAGACACAGAGGAGGGAGAGGGGAAGAGGACUGUAGAGGACUAUAGUUUCAACCGUGGUCAUGAAGAAGUCAAUAUGCCAUCUCAUAGUCACCAUGGUUUCAUUUUAGACUGGGAUAGUGAGGAUGUUGAGAGAGACAACACCACGAGGACUGUCGUUAAAGUCCCUGUUGGUGGGGGAAAAAGACAGGACACAGAUACAAACCAAAACACCAGACCAGGAGAAGUCAACUUCCUGUCUGAUUCAGACAAGGAGGCCAAACCUAACCCAGUCUCAGACCACCAGACCAAAGGUACUGUCCCUGUCAAACUGAUCCCAGACCAGUUCACAGACACUCCUGUCAUAGUGGCUGACACUCACCCUGUUCAGGUCCAUAUUGAAGCGUCUGUACAGGAUUCAGAAUACAAGGCAGUUGAGCCGUCCUCGAUUUAUGACUUGGUCAAAGCCAGCAACAUUACUGGAACUCAGGAGAGUCCUGGUCCCAACGACGACACUGAUCCUGAGCCUCGUGUGGUCCAGAAGGCCUUCAGUACAACAACAACAACCACCACAGAAAGCCCCACAGCAGCACAACUAGCUGACUCAGAGAGCGAGGUCACAGAAAGCCCCACAGCAGCACAAAUAGCUGACUCAGAGAGAGAGGCCACAGAAAGCCCCACAGCAGCACAACUAGCUGACUCAGAGAGAGAGGUCACAGAGGAGGAUAUUGAGGCCUUGAACAAGAAGAAAGAGAAGAGGAUGAAAGACAGGAAACAAAAGCAGAAGAAAAAUAAGGAAAAACAGACUGGUCCAGAACAGACUGGUCCAGAACAGACUGGUCCAGAACAGACUGGUCCAGAACAGACUGGCCCAGAACAGACUGGUCCUACCCCAGAACAGACUGGUCCAGAACAGACUGGCCCAGAACAGACUAGUCCUACCCCAGAACAGACUGGUCCAGAACAGACUGGUCCUACCCCAGAACAGACUGGUCCAGAACAGACUGGUCCAGAACAGACUGGUCCUACCCCAGAACAGACUGGUCCAGAACAGACUGCUCCUACCCCAGAACAGACUGGUCCAGAACAGACUGGUCCAGAACAGACUGGUCCUACCCCAGAACAGACUGGUCCAGAACAGACUGGUCCAGAACAGACUGGUCCUACCCCAGAACAGACUGGUCCAGAACAGACUGGUCCAGAACAGACUGGUCCAGAACAGACUGGUCCUACCCCAGAACAGACUGGUCCAGAACAGACUGGUCCAGAACAGACCGGUCCUACCCCAGAACAGACUGGUCCAGAACAGACUGGUCCAGAACAGACUGGUCCUACCCCAGAACAGACUGGUCCUACCCCAGAACAGACUGGUCCAGAACAGACUGGUCCAGAACAGACUGGUCCUACCCCAGAACAGACUGGUCCAGAACAGACUGGUCCUACCCCAGAACAGACUGGUCCUACCCCAGAACAGACUGGUCCUAUCCCAGAACAGACUGGUCCUACCCCAGAACAGACUGGUCCUAUCCCAGAACAGACUGGUCCUACCCCAGAACAGACUGGUCCUAACCCAGAACAGACUGGUCCUACCCCAGAACAGACUGGUCCUACCCCAGAACAGACUGGUCCUACCCCAGAACAGACUGGUCCUAUCCCAGAACGGACAGAGAUGUCAGUUACUGGGUCUACCACAGAACAACAGACAGCACAACAGACAGAACCACAGACAGAACCACAGACAGAGAUGUCAGUUACUGGGUCCACCACAGAACCACAGACAGAACCACAGACAGAACCACAGACAGCACCACAUACAGAACCACGGACAGAGAUGUCAGUUACUGGGUCCACCACAGAACCACAGACAGAACCACAGACAGGCUGGUUGGCUGCUCUCAGAUCCCUCUCUCAGUCCGACCAACAGAACACAGUACAGAGAACUCCAGAACCCAGACCCUUCCAGCCUCUGGAGCCUUUGGAGUCUCCUGUAGCAGAGUUUCAUACCCUCUCUGAAGAGACAGCCACCCCUCUGGGCCAGAGAGAAGACACACUAGCGAAGGAAGAGGAGCUACCAGGACAGGAGCUACCAGGACAGGAGAAGACCAUUCCUCUACCAGGACAGGAGCUACCAGGACAGGAGAAGACCAUUCCUCUACCAGGACAGGAGCUACCAGGACAGGAGCUACCAGGACAGGAGCUACCAGGACAGGAGAAGACCAUUCCUCUACCAGGACAGGAGCUACCAGGACAGGAGCUACCAGGACAGGAGAUACCAGGACAGGAGAAGACCAUUCCUCUACCAGGACAGGAGCUACCAGGACAGGAGCUACCAGGACAGGAGAAGACCAUUCCUCUACCAGGACAGGAGCUACCAGGACAGGAGCUACCAGGACAGGAGCUACCAGGACAAGAGAACACCUUUCCUCCACCAGGACAGGAGCUACCAGGACAGGAGCUACCAGGACAGGAGCUACCAGGACAGGAGCUACCAGGACAAGAGAACACCUUUCCUCUACCAGGACAGGAGCUACCAGGACAGGAGCUACCAGGACAAGAGAACACCUUUCCUCUACCAGGACAGGAGCUACCAGGACAGGAGCUACCAGGACAAGAGAACACCUUUGCUCUACCAGGACAGGAGCUACCAGGACAGGAGAAGACCAUUCCUCUAUCAGGACAGGAGCUACCAGGACAGGAGAAGACCAUUCCUCUACCAGGACAGGAGCUACCAGGACAGGAGAAGACCAUUCCUCUACCAGGACAGGAGCUACCAGGACAGGAGAAGACCUUUCCUCUACCAGGACAGGAGCUACCAGGACAGGAGAAGACCUUUCCUCUACCAGGACAGGAGCUACCAGGACAGGAGAAGACCAUUCCUCUACCAGGACAGGAGCUACCAGGACAGGAGAAGACCAUUCCUCUACCAGGACAGGAGCUACCAGGACAGGAGAAGACCAUUCCUCUACCAGGACAGGAGCUACCAGGACAGGAGAAGACCAUUCCUCCACCACAACAGGACAGUGGGUCCUCCCUGACAGAGGAGAGAAGUGAGCCUCCCCUUGUCACCUCCUCUUCCCUACCCCCUCCUCCUGCCUCCUCCCCACCCCCUCCUCCGGCCUCCUCCCCAUUCCCUCCUCCUGCCUCCUCCCCUCCUCCUGCCUCUUCCCCAUCCCCUCCUCCUGCCUCCUUCCCACCUCCCCCUGCCUCCUCCCCAUCCCCUCCUCCUGCCUCCUCCCCAUCCCCUCCUCCUGCCUCCUCCCCAUCCCCUCCUCCUGCCUCCUCUCCACCCCCUCCUCCUGCCUCCCCCCCAUCCCCUCCUCCUGCCUCCUUCUCACCUCCUCCCACAUCUCCUGGAGAAGUCUUCCAGUUCUCUCCUGCCCUCCCUACCUACCUCCAGGAAGACUUCUCCCCUCCUCCACCCACUCCUCCAGAGAGGCUAAUCCCUGAGCCUGCUGAGCCCCAGAAACCCCCACCUGCAUCCCCCCAGGCCCCACUAGCAGCCACAGCCGACCCCCAAGAACCACCCUUACCACCAUCCCCAGAACCAGCCUUACCCGCCCAGGCCCCACCAGCCCCGGCCAGCCAAGCACCAGCCCCGGCCAACCAAGCACCAGCCCCGGCCAACCCAGCACCAGCUCCGGCCAACCCAGCACCAGCCCCGGCCAACCCACUUCCACUCCUUGAGAGUCAGGAGGACACCACCACUUCCACAGCUAUAUUUCCUGACCUCCCCGCAGAAGCCCCGGCCUCCUUACCUCCACCUCCAGGCCCUGGGAGGGACUCCACCUCCACCCCCGUACCCUGUGAAUCCAGACCCAGGAGCUCAGACUCUGACGGAGCGUUCGAGACGCCAGAGUCGACCACCCCUGUCAAGUCCCCCACGGAGACAGACCCUCAUACCCAGCUGCUGACCUCGGAAGACACCGGUCUUGGCUGUGACUCUGAGGCAGACGGUGAACCCGGGUCAGAGGCUAAAGGUCACCAUGGUAGCUCCCUGUCCAUAGUCUUUGACGAGGACAAGCCCAUAGCUGCUAGCGGAGCCUAUAACCUAGACCAGCUCAUAGCUGCUGCUGCUGCUGCUGCUGAGGCCCAGAGCCGAUCAACUCUAACCCGCUCUCUGAGCCUCCAGGCUGGGGAGCUAGACGGCUCCGGCCCCCUAGACGGCGGAGGAUCCUCCAUCUCAAUCGGAGACUCCCGUCCCUUAGCUGAGGCCUUUAGUGUUGACAGUGGUACUGAGAGUGCUCCAGGGACUCUCCGCAGACCCUCCAAGAAGGGGCCUCUCCGCCCAUGCGGCUCCCUGAAAAAGAAGCCUCUCCCCAGGCAGAGCUCUAACCUAGAGAGCCCCCAACUGCCGUCCUCCGGAACCACACCGGAGCUGGAGAAGAGUGCCGAGCCCACCAGAGCAGCCAGACCCCUAUUGGUCUCUGAGGAUCUGGAAGCAGGAGGAGCCACAGUAGACUCCGCCUCGCUCACUGAAGAGACCAAUCACACUAGCCCAGAGACAGAUAAUCAACUAAUCCUGGCCCCUACUUCUAUUCUGACUCCGACCCCAGCUAUCUCUAUACCCAACCGACAGGAGGACACCCCCAUCUCCGUGCCGGAGGCCCCCCCAGGCAGCGAAGGCUCUCCCCUGAGUGGGACCUACAAAUGGGACCCAGACAACUUUGAAGACAUCGACCCAUUCAACAACGGAGGGAGUAAAGUCGCUAACUCCCCGCCGUUGGGUAGUAAAGGAGGCGUGCUGUCCGUUGUCUCUAACCCCCCAGAGCCCCCUAACGCCGAGUCAACUCUUCCCUCAACCAGCCCCCCUAUUCGAACCUCAGGGGCGGUCAGACUGGAGUUUGACUAUUCUGAGGAGACCCUCGAGGAGCCUCCUAAGGCCUCUCCACCACCCAAGAAGCUGGGCAAAAAAGCAGGCUCCAAGAUGCCACUAAGGAAGCCCAGGAUGGGUCUGAAGAAGGCCGUCCAGCCCCCAUCUGAACCCCUAGACAACAGCCUAAUCCCCGAUGACAUCCCCGUCUCUAAGCCCUCCUAUAACUCUGACCCGGCUCAGUGGGACGACCCUAACUUCAACCCGUUCGGCUCUAACAGUGGGAUCCCUAUCUCUCCCGAGCUGAACAAACCCUCCUAUAGUUUUGACUCUGACACCUUCAAUGAGUCAGCUGUCAACUCCUUCAAGGGUUCGUCCAAUAGGACGGCUGCGUUUCCACCCAAGGCUGCCUCUGGCUCCGCCUCUUUCGAGGUGUCGGCCAAUGACGACGAGGUUGAUAACGAUAACGAUGAAGUUAGGGAGCUGGAGGACCACAACCAGAACAAACCGGCCAAGACCAAGAAGAAACCAAUCAAAUCGAAGUCGAAGGGUUCCUCUCUGUGUUGUCUGUUUAAUACUUUCAGAGUCAAGAGGUCCCCAAAGAGAUCGCCCAUGUCUGAUGUAUCAUCACAAGAGCUCACCCCAGUAGAUGAAGCCCAGUCUCCUAUCCCCCCGCUACAGGACGACCACGCAACAGAUGAAGAGAAGCUGGCCUCUUCUUCCAAUCAAAAAGAGAAGCUGGUCUCCUCAGCCAACCACAAGUGGGCAUCCAGGGAGGCAGAGAUAACCUCUGACCCCCAUGAGGACCUCACAGCUUUUGUCAACAGUCGAGUGUCCGACUAUGAGAUUGAGUACAUGGAAAAGAUUGUCUCUUCUUCAUCGAAACCUUCUGCUCUCUACUUGAAGCUGGACUCUGUGACAGACCCUAACCACAGAUCAGAACCGAACUCUCCCUGCACAGGGAGCUUUGAGGAGAUAGAGGCCCAGAUCACAGCCCAGAUGAAGACCCCGGUGCUGGGCUCUCGGCCCGGUCCGGAGGGGUCUCGGCCCGGUCCGGAGUGGUCCGUUGGAGAGAAGGAGAAGACCAGGAAGAGAGAGAGCCUGUCACUCAACCGGACACAGAGCACAGACAGGGAUCAUGGAGUGUCCCUCCUCAAGAAGCCCAGCAGGUGGAAUCUCUUCAGUUCACCCAAACAGAGAGACAGAGAAGUGAUGUCAUCAACAGUGGACAGGGACAGCAUGGUGACCAAGAAUUGCCUUUACACCCGGACGGCGAGCUACGGAGAUGGGGAGAAGGAGAGCCCCUACCUACCCAAAGACCUAGAUUACUCUCUGGGCAUCGCACGAGAAGAGAUCGUGUCCAAGGAGAAGGAAGUACUGGAGUGGCAGAGGAAGUACGAGGACAGUCGACAGGAAGUGCUGGAGAUGAGGAGAAUCGUGUCAGAGUAUGAGAAGACCAUUGCACAGAUGAUUGACGAUGAGCAGAAGGAUAAGUCUCUGUCUCACCACACCAUCCAGCAGCUGACCGUAGAGAAGGACCAGGCUCUUUCAGACCUCAACUCAGUAGAGAAAAGUCUGGCUGAACUGUUCAGACGAUACGAGAAGCUGAAGGACGUCCUCGAGGGCUACCGCAAGAAUGAGGAGGUGUUGAAGAAAUGUGCUCAGGAGUACCUGUCCCGGGUGAGGAAGGAGGAACAGCGUUACCAUGCCCUGAAGAUCCAUGCCGAGGAGAAACUAGACAGGGCGAACUCUGACAUCGCCCAGGUGAGGAUGAGGGCUCGUCAGGAGACAGCAGCGUACCAGGCCUCUCUCAGGAAAGAGACCAUGAAGGUGGACUCACUGGAGAGAACCCUAGAGCAGAAGAACAAAGAGAUCGAAGAGCUGACCAAGAUCUGUGACGAGCUGAUCGCCAAGAUGGGGAAGAGCUAGAACACGUCCUGCCCAUGUCUCCAGAGCCUCAGGGGGACUGAGUGGUGGAGGAAUGCCCAUGUCUCCAGAGCCUCAGGGGGACUGAGUGGUGGAGGAAUGCCCAUGUCUCCAGAGCCUCAGGGGGACUGAGUGGUGGAGGAAUGCCCAUGUCUCCAGAGCCUCAGGGGGACUGAGUGGUGGAGGAAAACAGAAGAAGCACAGAGAGAGGAAGUUUCCUCUUCUACUUCCAUCCCUGGACAGAUGGAUUUGACGGACAGCUGAGGAUGACAGACUAUUUCCAUGUAUCUACUGGCGACAUCGCCCCCAAGAGUAUUGGAGGGUAAACUCCUGGUCAAUGGCUUCCUCACCAUGUACAGUUUGAUGUGCCAGUGUGUACCACGUAUCCUGUAUCAAUGGUUUGGUGAAAGGGACUUCAAAAUGGUUGUCAUGAAUGAGAGAGAGAGAGUGUGUGGGUCGUGGGUGGUUGUGUGUGUGUGUGAUAGAAAGAAAGAGCAUUGAUUGAAGACAUCAAAUGAUGUGAAAGCCUUGGAUGAAAAGAAAAACAGCAAUAUUGUGUGUGCAUAUAUAUAUAUAUAUAUAUAUAUAUACACACACACACACACACUGAGUGUACAAAAUAUUAAGAACACCUUCCUAAUAUUGAGGUCCCCUUUAGCCAUCAGAACAGGCUCAAUUCGUCAGGUCAUGAACUCUACCAAGGUGUUGAAAGUGUUCCACAGGGAUGCUGGCCCAUGUUGACUUCAGUACCUCAUUCCACAGGGAUGCUGGCCCAUGUUGACUUCAGUACCUCAUUCCACAGGGAUGCUGGCCCAUGUUGACUUCAGUACCUCGUUCCACAGGGAUGCUGGCCCAUGUUGACUCCGAAACCUCGUUCAAAGGCACUCACCCUCUGAACGACACACAUACACAAUCCAUGUCUCAAUUGUCUCAGGGCUUAAAAAUCCUUCUUUAACCUGUCUCCUCCCCUUCAUCUGCACUGAUUGAAGUGGGUUUAUUAACAGGUGACAUCAAUAUGGGAUCAUAGGUUUCACCUGGAUUCACCUGGUCAGUCUGUGUCAUGGAAAGAGCAGGUGUUCCUAAUGUUUUAUCCACUCACUGUAGAUGACUAAAUCAACGAAUCGGUCAGUUAAUAAGAGAACUGCACGUGGAAGUGUCAACAUAUAAACUUGUUGUUGUUGUUGUAAAUAGGUAAUGGGGCUGAUUAGAAUGAUUCUAAUAAAAAUACACUAUUCUGUCCA